UCUUAGGAAAACUAGUCCGUGUCUAGUGUAUUCGCCGCCAUUCACGUGAAAAGUUGAAAAUGAGUUCCUCUCGUUAUGACCGUGCUAUCACUGUAUUCUCACCCGAUGGUCAUUUAUUCCAAGUAGAAUAUGCCCAAGAAGCUGUUAAGAAAGGGUCAACAGCUGUUGGAGUGAAAGGAGAUGAUAUUGUUGUUCUAGGCGUAGAGAAAAAAGCUGUUGCUAAGCUACAGAUUGAUCGCACAGUGAGAAAGAUUGCUCUCCUUGAUGACCAUGUUGCCAUGGCAUUUGCAGGAUUGACCGCGGAUGCAAGAAUUAUAAUAAAUCGUGCAAGAAUGGAAUGUCAAAGUCAUAGACUGACAGUAGAAGACCCUGUUACUCUCGAGUACAUCACACGAUACCUGGCACAACUAAAACAGAAAUACACCCAAAGCAAUGGGAGGCGACCAUUUGGUUUAUCCACCCUCAUUGUUGGGUUUGAUUAUGAUGGGACACCUCAUCUCUACCAGACUGAUCCCUCAGGCACAUAUCAUGAAUGGAAGGCAAAUGCUAUUGGUCGCAGUGCAAAAACAGUUCGUGAAUUCCUCGAAAAACAAUACGAAGAAAAGAAACCUGAAAAUGAGAAAGAAACUAUUAAACUAGCACUACGAGCCCUUAUGGAAGUCGUCCAAUCAGGAGGCAAGAAUAUGGAAAUUGCUGUUAUGAGGCGGAACCAACCACUUACGAUGCUUGAAUCGGAGGAAAUAGAAAAAUAUAUCACAGAAAUCGAAAAAGAAAAAGAAGAAGAAGUCGAGAAAAAGAAACAGAAAAAAUCUGGGGAGAAAAAAUGAGACGGAAUAUCACAUUUUUAAGAAAUGAGUGAUUUUCAUCUGAAAUCUCCGGGACAAUGAAUCAACCGUCAAGUUGACUCUAUUCCAUUUCUAGACACUUCAUUUAACUUCAACUGUGAGUUUAUCCAUAUAAGGCUUCAAAAGCCAUAUAAGGAAUGAACAGUUUGACUUGUUUACAACAUUGAUUUUUUUCAAGUAUGAAACAUAGCUCCUGAUUGCAGAUACCGAAACUGUUAAAAACCCCAUAUACAGUUUAAACCAGUUUGACUUAUCCAAACUUUGCAUUGGGCCUUUAAAGGGAGAUUCUUGUUCUAUUGCAUUUACAGAAAGCAAUCUUUGAUUCCGUUGAAUUUAAAACUUUGAAAAUUGAAUUUAAGAGGCAGUAAUUCUAAUUGUGAAAAUCAUUCAGAAACAUUUGUACACAAGUCUAAUGUAUAACUAAACUAUUAUUUGAGAAAAUAUAUUGUUUUACAUUUUGAAAAAGCAAAAGUCAGAAAAGUCACAUUGCCAAAGUAAAAGUCACAGUUGAUAUAUGUGAAUGUAUGUUUGAAGUAAUUUUGUAAAUAUAUAAAAUAUUCAAGA